CAGGUAAUCAACCACCCCGGCACCUCCGCCGUGACAGCGCUAUGCGUGGGUGUGUGGCUCUGGCUGCUGCAGCGGGGCGUGUCGCCCGCCGCCGUCGGACUCAGCUACCACCGCUUUGUGACUGAUCACCAAUGGUGGCGAGCACUCAUCUCCCAGAUCUGCCACUUUGAAUUGCUGCACCUGGUGCUCAACAUCAGCUCGCUGUGGGGCUUGGCAGCGCUAGCGGAGGGCGCACCGGCAGAAGAUUCAGCAUCAGGAGCAGCAAGGGGGCCCUCGCUGGUGCCUACCCUGGAGUACCUGCGGGUCAGCUUGCUGCUGUUGUUGACUUGCGCGGCGAUCUGCCUGGCGCUGCACCACGUCGCAGUGGCGGUUCUGGGCCUGGAGCGCUUCCGUCACUCCCUGCUGGUGGGGUACUCCGGAGUGCUGUUCGGCUGGAUGACACUGAUUGCCUGGGGGGAGUUCCGAGGUGGGUUCAGCCUGCUGGGGUGGUCUUCCGUGUCCGCGACUGUGGCCCCCUUCCUGCUGCUGCUGGUGACUCAGGCGCUCCUGCCGACUGCGUCUUUCCUGGGACACCUGUCAGGU